GCAGUGUGUGAUGAAAACGUGUGAGUAAGUGACUCCCUUUCUGCUAAUCAUAAUCAAACGAAACUGAUUGGGACGUCGAAUCUCUGCGUGGACUUUUCAAAAACGAUCUCUUAUUUAUUUUUUCUUUUCUCUUUUUCUUGGGUCCGGGAACGCCUUCUGCCGGCACCCUUUACGCACGGAACAUGCUGGCGUUUUAGCGCACCGGCCGCAUCGCUCCAAACUCUUCGGAGAGUUGCCGUUCAGCACAACAAGAGCUGAAUUACAACCAGCUUCAUGCGAGAGCCCCGGGUGGACAGCCGAGUUGCAGAGAGAAGAAAGUUGGCCGGAGAUCGCGGAGAUUUGAGUUGCCCUCCGCAUCUGCAGGAGAGGGAAAAGGCAAAGAAACAAACUCUGAUCGAUGCUUGAUCAAUGAAAGAUUGAAAGAUACUGUCACAGGAAUGGACUCGAGACGCUGGCAUUCCCCAGUAGUGGUCAAGAUAAGCUACGGCUUGGCCAACAGAAAAGGGUUAACCCGUAUCUAAAGGGAGUUUGGAAAAGCCAGCCUUUCUUCCCCGUACGGAUCAACUCAUUGGGUGGGAGCUGAGAGAAAGACAAGAGUCUCCAGCAAAUCAGGAGCUAAUUGAUUAAAGAGACUUCAUUUGAAUAGGAGGGGGGCUGGCGAGGUGCCAAUCGCCUUUCAAAGAAGCCCCCCCCCUCCCCCUCCCUCUCCGUAUGAUUAAUCGCAGAGCAUUAUUGAUAAUCAUAACGGGGCACAUGCGCGGUGGAUGGGCUCGAUUUACGUAAUUUUUGAGGAGGUUUUGUAGUCAUUUUUUUAUUCUUUGCCUGCUGAUGUGCCAGCCAGCAUGUCGCGGAGGAAACAAGCGAAGCCGCAACACUUCCAAUCCGACCCUCAUCUGCCUUUAUCGGAGCACAAUGGGGACACAGAACUUUGCUCAGAGGACGCCCCCAGCAAGGAGUCAGACGCCCAUGUCUGUAGCAGAUGUUGCGCUGAGUUCUUUGAACUUUCAGAUCUUGAGGAACACCAGAAAAAUUGCACUAAGAAUCAGUUAGUUCUGAUCGUGAAUGAAAACCCUGUCUCCCCCGCCAGAACUUUCUCGCCGGGGUCUCCUCCUCAUAAUCCUGAUGACCAGAUGAAUGAAACAGCUAAUAACACUGAUCAAACAGAGUGCAGUGACCUUUUGGAGCCGAACACGCUCGAAAAAGACGAAUCCAUGGACGUGGAUGUGUCCGGAAUGAGCAGUGGUCAUGAGGAAGAAAGCAGUCGAACAGAGAGCAGGAGCCCCAUCAAUACAGUAAACUCGCAUGCAGGCAGAGGCACCACGGGCCCUGCAGUAGGUACUUCAGCUAUCUCUGCCACACUACCUCAGCUCAGUAAUCUAACUGAACUGGGGAACUUCUCCAUGAUCAACAGUAAUGUCAUAAUUGAAAAUCUGCAGAGCACCAAAGUGGCAGUAGCUCAAUUUUCCCAGGAAUCCCGAUCCACUGGGGGCCCCAGGGUGGCUGUGCCAGCCCUAAUGGAGCAGCUUUUAGCCCUCCAACAGCAGCAGAUCCACCAACUGCAGCUCAUUGAGCAAAUUCGCCACCAGAUACUGCUACUAGCCUCCCAGUCCCCAGAAAUGCAGGUACCCCCUACCACUGCUCCUGGCACAAUGGGGCCGGCUGCCAGCCCACUGACCACACUCAGCUCACAUCUCUCCCAGCAGCUGGCUGCAGCAGCAGGCCUAGCGCAGAACCUGGCAAGUCAGUCAGCUAGUAUUAGCAGCCUAAAACAGCUGGCUGCAGCGGCACAGCUACCUCAGUCCAACACAAGCAGCAGUGAGACAUCUCAGAGCAUUACUACACUGGGACCCUCAACAGUCAAUCCCCAGCCCUCCGACAAAAGGCCUGGUGUCAUGAGUACCCUUCACUCUCAGCUGAGCAACUCCUCCCUAGCUAAGUCAUCAACGCCAGCGUUUGGAAUAGGUAGCUUAUUAAGCUCUGCAGUGAAUCCCCUUCUACCUCAGCCCUCACCUGGUAAUCCAAUGUUCUCUAGCUCCCUGCCCAGUGUUGGCACAACUGUGGAGGACCUCAACUCUUUAGCGGCUCUGGCACAGAGGAAAGGAAAGCCACCAAAUGUCACAUCCUUUGAGCACAAAAGCAGCUCUGAUGAUGCUUUCUUCAAACAUAAGUGCAGAUUUUGUGGCAAGGUGUUUGGGAGCGACAGUGCCUUGCAAAUCCAUCUGCGCUCUCAUACUGGCGAGAGACCCUACAAGUGUAAUGUCUGCGGCAACCGCUUCUCCACUCGUGGUAACCUGAAGGUGCACUUUCAGCGUCACAAAGAAAAAUACCCACACAUUCAGAUGAACCCUUACCCUGUUCCUGAGCAUCUAGACAACAUACCAACCAGCACUGGGAUUCCGUAUGGCAUGUCUAUGCCCCCUGAAAAACCUGUCACCAGCUGGCUGGACAGCAAACCAGUUUUGCCCACUCUGACAUCCUCUGUUGGCAUGUUGCUGCCACCAACCAUGCCGAGCUUGCCCCAUUUCAUCAAAAAGGAAGAUCAUUCAAUAGCCAUAACUAGCCCUUCUGUUACUGCAAAGAACGAAUCAGGUGCCGCCGAGCCUUCAGCUAAGAUUAAUGAUGGAGUGUCUGAAGAGGGUGAUGGAGCAACUUUGCCUACCUCAAAUGGAAAAACUGAAGAAGGCUGCCAGACCUCAGGCUUAAUGACAAAUGUAUGCUCGGCCUCAGACACCAUUGCAGAGUACACAACAUCUAACAGUCCACCCAUGAUGACCAACCCGCUCAUGCCCCUCCUGACUGAUCAGUUCAAGGCUAAGUUCCCCUUUGGAGGCAUCCUGGAUCCUCUUCAGGGGUCGGAGACCUCCAAACUGCAGCAGCUUGUGGAAAACAUCGACAGGAAGGUGACAGACCCAAAUGAAUGUGUUAUCUGCCACCGAGUGCUGAGCUGCCAAAGUGCUCUGAAAAUGCACUAUCGUACUCAUACAGGGGAGAGGCCCUUCAAGUGUAAAAUAUGCGGCAGGGCGUUUACCACCAAGGGAAAUCUAAAGACCCAUUACAGCGUUCAUAGAGCCAUGCCUCCUCUUAGGGUUCAACAUUCCUGUCCUAUUUGCCAGAAGAAGUUCACAAAUGCUGUGGUUCUUCAGCAACACAUUCGCAUGCAUAUGGGUGGGCAGAUCCCAAACACCCCUCUGCCAGAGAGUUAUCCUGAGUCCAUGGAGUCUGACACUGGCUCAUUUGAGGAGAGAAACUUUGAUGAUCUGGACAACUUUUCUGAUGACAACAUGGAGGGGAUGGAAGAAGGCCCAGAUAGCAGCGUGCCCGACACACCUAGAUCGGCUGAUGCUUCCCAUGACAGUCUAUGUAAUUCUCCAGUUCCCCUUGAAAUGGCUGGUCAGGAGGGCCAGGAGAAGAAUGGGCAAGAAAAUGCUCAUCAUAAUGAAAUGGAGGAACUCUCACACAACCAGAUGAAGGUUAGCGCAAACGGCUUGGUUGAGGGGGAUUGCCUCACCAACGACUCCUCUUCUUUCGGAGGGGAUGUUGAAAGCCAAAGCGCCGGGAGUCCAGCUGUGUCAGAAUCUACCUCCUCCAUGCAGGCGCUGUCCCCUACUAGCAUGCUGACACACCCACAUAAAUCCCCCAGCCUCGAGGAAAGGCACCAGAGGGCCUUUUCGUUGGAGCACACCAAUGCAAGCUUCUUGCACUCUCACCCUUCGAACAUCGGAGCCCUGGAUCUGACAUCUGUGAAUCCCUCAAAAGACUCCCUAGGCAUGAUAUUCCCCUUCCGUGAGCGUAGCACCAUCAAGAACACAUCCUGUGACAUCUGUGGGAAGACAUUUGCAUGUCAGAGUGCCUUGGACAUUCAUUACCGAAGCCAUACCAAAGAACGACCAUUUAUUUGCACGGCUUGUAACAGAGGUUUCUCCACCAAGGGCAACCUAAAGCAGCACAUGCUAACUCAUCAAAUGAGAGACCUGCCCUCACAGCUCUUUGAGCCGUCAAAUACCAGCCUGUCAUCCAGUCCAACCCCUUCCCUCCUCUCCGUUGGCUCUCUCAACAAACCGGAGGUCAAUGGCUUCCUCCAUAGCUUCCACUCAGAGAAGAAGGACGUCCCACCGGGCCUGGUCACAUCAUCUGCCUCCACAUCCCCAGUGCUCUCUGCUGCUCCACCACGCCGAACUCCCAAACAACACUUCUGCAACACCUGUGGGAAGUGUUUCUCUUCCUCCAGUGCUCUACAGAUCCAUGAGAGAACCCACACAGGGGAGAAGCCUUUUGCCUGCACCAUCUGUGGUCGAGCCUUCACCACCAAAGGAAACCUCAAGGUUCACAUGGGCACACACAUGUGGAACAGCGCUCCCGCCAGACGGGGCCGCAGGCUCUCUGUGGAUGGUCCAAUGGCCUUCCUGGGCACAAACCCGGUCAAGUUUCCUGAGAUCUUCCAGAAAGACAUGGCAUCCAGGGCAAGCAACGGCGACCCGACAAGUUUCUGGAACCAGUACGCUGCAGCCUUCUCCAACGGCCUGGCAAUGAAGACGAAUGAAAUCUCCGUCAUCCAGAAUGGAGGCAUCCCACCCAUGUCAGGCGGUGUGGGAAACGGGGGUACCUCGCCCAUCGGAGGCCUCACCGGCAGCCUGGACAAGCUGCACAGCACCGAGCCCAGCGCUGCUCUGGCCGGUCUGGAGAAAAUGGCCAACACAGAGAACGGGGCCCACUUCCGGUUCACACGCUUCAUGGAGGACAAUAAAGAAAUCGUCACCAAUUAAAGCGUAUGUCCUUAUGUUAGGCAAAGACACGUGAAAAUGCCUAAAGGCAUGCUGUACAAGUAGACACACACAGAAGAAGAAGAAGAAGAAGAAGAGAAAGGAAGAGAACAAGACAAGUUUAAACUGAACUGCUUUGCUUGCCAUUGAAUCUUUACGAAUAUGAGUGUGAAGACAAGUUGCGUUUUUGUACAAUGUACAUGUUAUAGUUUUAAGGAGCUUAUUUAUUAGUGAUUAUAAUCUUGCUUGAAAACAAGUGGAAGCAUUAACAGUUAGGUUUUGUUUAUUUUAAAGCCAGAAUGGGUAUAUUUGGGUGCUUUAAAAAUGUGCUUUUGAGACUUAGAAAAUCUGGUUAGAUAACCUUACCUUGGCAUUAAGUUAUUUUCUGUCUGUAGUAGCUAUAACCUAACUGUCUAUGUUCAUGUGAUGCAUUAGCCUCUGUAAUAAGCAAACAGACUUGCUGUAAAUAAUGUACACUGAUCUUCUGUAGAUGGUCUAACAUCUGUGUAUUCCCUUCUCCCCUCAUCCAGAUAAAACAAUGACAUUUAAGCAAGGGACAAAUUGAUGUAGACGUUCCUUUCUUUCCAGUUGUUAUUUACCUUUAUAUUAUUUAAAGAAGACAGAACUUCGAAGUUUGCUACUUUUCAAGACUUUCUUUAGUGUUAACUUGUUCUGUUGUUACAGUCUGUGUAUUGUACUUUGUUUAUGUUUACUUCUGUAUUUUAUCGGUCGUUUCUUCCUUUUUUUUAUUUAGCUGUCGUUGAGAGCAAGACGGCUACUCGGAGGGGAGCGUUGCAUCUGGUUUAUUCCCCUUUUUUGUGGAACAGAGGCAGUCGACAUAAUGAGAAAGCUUCUCCUUUCGUUUCUCAGCUGGAUUUCCAUGUUGCUGCUAUGUCCCAGCAUCUUCACUGACAUCAAGUGCAAAGUUGUGUGUUGAAGCUUCUGUGAAUAGGUUCAGAUGUGGAAAUACAAACUCCCUCGCAGAGAAAAUGUACAUAUUGCCCACAUGAGAAGUCCAUUAUGACCAGGGGACAAAAUAAUAGUGUUUUUAUAAAUAUAAAUAUAUAUUGGGUUUGACAACCUUCGGACUGUUACAUGCACUUUCUUGGAAAGUUGGAAGAUCUUUAUGGGUCCAGUUUCUCUACACUUUAAUACCUACUAACAACUAAGAUACUGUAAUUCUUUACUCUAAUAAUCAAAUACAUCAGUU